UGAUGACACUGGUCGAAGUGUCGCUUUAAACACACGUUAAAAACAUCGUUUCGGGACUAACAAAUAUGAUGGAGGAUUUUUCUGGCUUGGCUCUGCCUCCUUUAUUUGGAGGUCACAUCCUGGAAGCAGAACUGGAGCCUGGUGGUGUGGAGCUGGGACCGGGAGAGGUGGAGCUGGGUCCAGGAGGCACCGAGCUGCUUGAGAGCACAACACAAGAAGAUGAAGAAAAAAGAGCUCUUGACAAAAGGAAAUAUGUGGCUCUGAGCAGGAAAUGUAAAGAAAUUGAACAGGUAAAUCAGAAGAUCCUGGGUCGCCUUCACCAAGUGCAAAGAAUUACUCGACGUCUGAAGAAAGAAAGGAGAUUCCUCAUGAAGACCUUAGAUGCUCACGGGGAUGACUACAGAAACGCUCAGCUCACUAUACUGCUUGAGGAUGAAUCUGGAGCCCAUUUGGAGCCGGCUGCUGCAGCGGAGGAUGAAAAGCUCAACGGUGUUUCCGGUUCCACUCCAUCUGCAACAUCACAUCAUGUGGCUGGGACAAAGAAAAAGAGGCAUCGAAUUCCUCGUCAAGAAAAGGAUAAAGAGCCACAGAUCGACCCGGAGAUGUCGGCGUUGGCAGAGUCACAGUUUGGAGAAAUGUCCAGCCCGACCUCACUGUCUCAUUGAUCAAACCGCUGUCCUGGAUAUCACGAUGAUGGUGACUAGGAUAAGAGCACCCAGUUUCCAGGACUGUUUAAAACACUGCCUUACUUGAGUCAAUCUUUGUAAUGUUGUGGUUUCACUUGAAUAUUGUGAACAGAUUGAGUUCAUGUAACACGAGAUGUUAUUCACCUUAUAUAUGUGUAUAUUUGUUUUGUAUAUACGAGGUUAUGUUUUUACAGUUGACAGUUGAUGGCAACAUAUUUAUGACAAGCACGUGAUGCUGAAAACAUGAUUUGAUAAAUAUUUGACGUAUUAGAUGAAUAUGACAGGGUAUUACUAUCAUUACUUGAGUUAGGAGUUUAUCCGAGCAAGCAGAUGGACUCGUCGUCAUAUUAAACUUUUACACUGUG